CACACUUUAGUGUUUCCCAUUCUGAAGUUCUGCUGUAUUUACAUACACGAUCACCAAAAAGCAGAAAUUUAUUCCGGAUUCUUCUCUCUUGAAUUUGAUUCCUGGAAGGCUGGAAUAUUCCUCGAACGAGCAAACGACGAAGAUCUCGUAGGUACCGUUUGUAAUUUUUUGCAGAGAUUAUAGUCCAUAAACGGUGUGAUAAAAUUCUAGAAUUUUCGAUUCACAAUCGAGUUCGACAGCGAAUCCUACUGCGUAAACAAUGUUUACAUCCGGAUUCAAAUUACCAGUAACCUCUAGUAGUCCCCACAACAGUGUGGUUUCUCCAACUCACAAUACAUGGAAUCAACAUCCACCGGAAUCAAUGCCUUGGGGUCCUUUACCACAGCACAGAGUUACAAGGUUUUCAGGUGAAUUAGACACACAAUCGUCAUGCACUGCAGUUUCAAAUGAACCAAUGUUACUUUGGAACACCCCUCAGGAAAACUGGAAAUUAAUGCCAUUAGCUUCACCCAUAAAAAGAAAAAUUGAAGAUCCUUGUGAAGAACAAGUUAGAAAACAGCUUAUAACUGAAGACAAAAUUUCUGCACACUUGAGUCAACUUCAAAUAGGAUGCCCCACAGUGGAACAUACCAACUGUAGAUUAGAUAAUAUGGAAGAGGAUAGUACACCCACCACAACCUGUUUAGAAGGUUUAAAAAUUGAUUCCUGCUCCAAGUUAGUGCUUUCCGAAGAAAUUCUUAACUUCCAGCGCGAAAAUAGCAUCCCUGCAUCUCUUCUUGAAAACUUUAACAAACCUUCAAUGGCAGUUGUUUUAUGGCAGCCGAGGAACACUGUUCACCAGCUCGUUACCAGUUCAACAGAAGAACAGUCUUGCAGGGCGGCUUUAGAAGAAAAUCCUUCUAAUGGCUUGGAGCUUCACGAAGACGAAAGCAACAACAAUGAGCCAAUUGAUAACUUUAACUUAAAUGAGAUGGCUAGCCAAUCGGAUCUCGAAAUGGAUGAUGAUCUCUAAUCACAUUUUUAUUUUUUGAAUUUGUAUGUUAAUUUUGAUAAAAUAAAGCGUUUUUGUCGGUGAA